CCUUCGUCUUCAUCUUAAUAUCGAUUAUAUAUAUACCCCAGAACCCUUGUUAUAGCAUGAUCAAACUCUCCACCAUCCUCUCCUCCUUCUUCUACCUCCUCCCCCUCUACAUCUUCGUCCUCGCCCCUCUCAUCCGCCAGUUCUUCCCUGCCGACUCCGCAUCCUCCGUCCUCGACUUCGACUCCACCGACCAUGACCCCGACAUCAAGCUCGACGAAAACAUACUCAGCCUCGACGACGGCGUCGAAGUGACCUGUUCCCCGGAGGCCGAGCAAUACCAAGUGCACCUACUCGCGCGCGACCCAUUGGUCAUCUACAUUGAGAAUUUCGUCUCGGGGACCGAAGCGGACGAGAUCGUCGAGAUGAGUCAAACCGGCUACACGCCCUCGAUCCUGUACAACGGCAGCGCCUCAGUCGUGGACCCCUCGCGACGACUCUCCGACCGCGCCCUUCUCCCCCGCACGCACACGAUCCGGUGCCUCGAGGCCCGCGCGCACGCCUUCCAGGGCUGGCGACCGAACUUGUACAUCGAGCGCAUGUGGGCCCAGCGAUACAACAUCUCGGGCCACUACACGCACCACUAUGAUUGGGCCGGGAGUGUGGCGCGCGGGGGCGACCGCGCCAGUACCUUCAUGGUGUACCUCGGGGACGAGUGCUCUGGCGGAGGAACCAAUUUCCCGCGGCUCAGGAAGCCGAGGGAUUCGCGGUGGUGUCGGUUUAUUGAAUGUGAUGGGGAGGAUGGGGCGGAGCAGGCGCAUAAGGGGGAUGGAGCGGCGACGGUGAAGAGGGAAGGGAUCACGUUCAAGCCGAUCAAGGGGAAUGCGAUCUUCUGGGAGAAUCUGAGGGCCGAUGGCUCGGGAUACCCGGAGACGUGGCAUGCGGCGGAGCCGGUGACCGAGGGGACGAAGUUCGGGUUGAAUAUUUGGAGUUGGUACCAGGCGCCGAGGAGGAGGGUGUAAAGAUAGACAUUUCUGGGUGGAUCUGGCCUGGUUAUGUAUUAUAGAGCUAUUGUUGUUGUGUAGACUUGUAUAGUGGAUAUACACAGAUUUCCUCACGUAGAAAAAGACAUAGAAGAAUAAAGAGAAUGGAAAAUGGAC